AUGCAGCGCAUCAUCGAAGAGAAGCGCCGUCAACGAACCGUCUCUAUUGGCAGUCUGGACGGCAUGGUGAUUACGAGGGAUAACGAGCUGAUUGCCGCACCACUGGUAGCGGAUCGACCACCCCUCCUCACAGCCGCAUCAAUUACUCGCAUCUCCGAGGCUGUGAUGCGCAAGAUGGAAGCCCGUCUCGCCGGCUGCCAAGAGAGCGGUGGUGGUGGUGGCGGGGUUUGUGGAGGUGGUGAAACGCCGAAAGUCAUCCACCCUGGUGAAUUCCUUGCAUGCUACUGGGGUGAGUCUGGUACCAUCUUCAGAUCCAAGCUUUUUAUUCGCUACUCUGGUGGUCGGUUUGGCACUGGAGUUGAUUGCAUUCUCAAUCACUGUCAAAACUGUCGUCAUAGCACUCCAAAUUUGUCCCGACUUAACCUCGUUCGCGAGAGCCUUCCUCAUCUGAUUCAAGGCUACGUUCAAUCCCAAGCCUCCAUUGCAGUGCAGAACUACAUAGCCAAGCAGCAUCAUCAGUUGCUAGCUCAAUCUGGAGCCACCCCGACCUCGAUUGUUGCAUCUGGUGCUGCCACGGUUGCUGCAACGGCAGGUACUGCCAAUCCUGGCUUUGACGCUACCGCCUACCUUGCCAAUUCCCGGAUGCGCUCCAUUAGCAAUGCCAAUAGCAUUUGUCCCACGGCUGGGAGUAAUACACCACAAACGCAGAAGGCUCGUGCGUUGUCUUCGUUGUUACAAAGUCGGGAGUUGACGGUAGCAACAGUGGAGGUGCCGUCGCCAGUACCACUGCGUCGUUUCUUUGUCCCCUCUUCCGCCUGUGCCUCGGAGUGUCUCAGUCUUCGGCGAACCAUUUCGGAUGCCAGUAUUACGUCUUCUAAUCGGGGAAUACAGGUGCCCUUGGAGAUCCAGCAGGAGGUGGCCGAACUUCUGGAUGGAGAGGUGCGCACUGAGGUGCAGCACAGGCUGCGGCGUGAGAUGAUGCGUCCACAGUACAAAAAGGACCUCUUUUUUACCGGCUCAGCUCUGCAGUUGAAUCACACACCUGUGCCUGCAAUCCCUCUUGGCGAUGCUAAUAAUGUCUGGGCCACUCGUGAUCAAUCAAACUGGGACAUUGGUCCCACUUCAAUCACCACCCACAACCCACCUGCCACUCCCAAUGCCACCAUCUCCACGCGUGGCUUCUGUCCAGAAACAGACAGCACCACAACAGCUGUAGGCCUCGCCAAUGUCGCCGCCGUUGCCGCUACCGUCGAACCUAAGUACUCCAUCACCUCAGUAACAAGCUCAGUGCAACAGCAGCACCAUAAUCACCCAAGUCAGCAGCUGCUGCAGAAAGUAUCGCAGACGGGAAGCAAGUGCGCCGGCGAUACAAUGCGUGUUGCGAUGGACUACGACGACGAUGGAGAAGACGUCAUUUCCAUCGGGCUUCCAACCGGCAGGAGACCCUGCUGUUCAAACCCAAUCUUAACCUUUCUGGAGGAGUUGCUGGCACCCGGGCUGCUUCUCAGUCCAACCUUUAUUUGUCUCCUCUUGUCGAAUAUUUUUACAAUGUGGGGUCUCAUCACUCCUUACUUCAUGCUGCCCGAUCUGGUAGCGGCGAACAACUGGACACCGCACGAAGCCGGCUCUCUCAUCUCCUACAUCGGCUUUGCCAACACUAUUGGUCGGUGCAUUGCUACUCUGUACAUUGAAAAAGUUCAUCCCUGUUUCUGCAUUGUCACUGCGUGGCUUCGUCCACCAGCUUGGUCUAGUCACUACAAAUGGGCGGACUGUCUGCGUGUUAACGUGGCGUCCCUCCUUCUGGCUGCUGUGGCUUGUGAGUUAGCAUCACUGAUGGGGCGUAGCUACAACCUCCUCAUCUGUGCCGGCUGUCUCUUCGGCCUCUUCUCCGCCGUGGUGGUCUCCCUCAAAAGCAUUCUUGUGGUGGAGCUCUUUGGACUAGACAAACUCACCAACGCCUUUGGUCACAUGCUUGUCCUGCAGGGCGUUGCUAGCAUCGUUGGCACGCUCAUCGGUGGUACGUUUGCUCAACAACAACAACAACAACAGCAACAGCAACGAGAACUGAAAGAUGGGUCAAGCCAACUCUUCGACACUUUUGCCUCCGGAGUACCCACGUUCGUUCCAUGGGCUCAUCGAGGCCCUGGUCCUGUCUACGCCGCAGAAACCAGUUUCCACUUCGCUAGCUGUAGUUUCUUGCUUGCUGCGCUGUUUGCCAGUCCUUUGCGCUGUCUGGCAAGACGGGAGGUGAUCUCGGCGACUUACACCACAACAGGACCGGGAGUUGUUGGAGCAGGGGGAGGUGGCGUCUAUGUGGACGACUAUUUUGAAUACGGCGAAGGCGGAGCAGCAGGAGGAGGAGGAGGAGGAGGAGGAGAAGAUGGGUCAGUUAUUGUUGGAGCUGCUGCUUUUCUUCCAGCACCACCUCCUGUCACUGAGCCUGGCACGGGAAACACAUCGGAAUCCGCAGUGAAUCUCAUCCAGUCACCGGCACCGCCACAAUUGCCGCCACCACAAUCACCACCAACGUCACUUCAACCGCCUUUCGACUCCGGGAUUCCAAACUAUGCUGGUGAGAUGGUGGUGGCACCUGUAGGUGUAACCGCGACAGUGAUGGAAGCUGUGGAACCUCCUCUGCCACCUCCACCUCCUCCUCAAUCGAGUAUUCCAGAUCCUGCAACAAUUCUUUCUCCAGCCCCGUUGCCUUCCAGCCUCUUCAUUACGUCAACUGAGGCGGAAACUCAACCGCAGAUACAAGCCUCUGUGGAUGUCGGAGGCGCAGACAUUGAUUCCACACCUGGUGGCGGUGUUAUUGAGAUUGGAGGCAGUGCAGUUGUGGAUGUGCUUACCGAGGAAGACAGAAGCGAAGUGAUAACUACUGCGGGCGUACCAAUGGGAAAUCUGACCUCCAGAUCGACUAUUCAGCCUCAAUCUUCACAGGGUCAGACAACACCAGAGACGGGAUUGGUGUGGAGCACUCCUAGCGGUGCUCCAAUUGUGCCAGCAGUUCCUGCUAGUACGGUGGCGGAGGUGAAGACAUCUUUGGUUGCUGAAGAGCCUGCACUGGAACCGGUGAAGGAGGAAGAAGAGGAGGAGGAGAUGGAGGAACAGCCACGGGUUCCGCUGUCGUCGCCUCUGCAACCACCUCCAUCAUUGAAUGCUGACGAUCCCCCUUCUGCAACAAAGAGAGACUUGGAGACGUGA